GGGUAAACAUGCGAGCUGCUGUUUGAAGCGUGUAAAGGGGACGAGAUUGUUAAUUUUAGGUUGUACGCAGGGCUAAAUAAUAUUAUAGUAUUCGUAUUGUUUAUUGUCUAAACGCGCUUAUCAUAAUUCAACGUGCAGAAACAUAAUAUUAAAAAAUUACAGAGAUCACAGGAGUUUAGAUGUGCUGAGAAAUGUGCUCUUACUAACGAACCACUUUGAAGGGUAAUAUAUGUGUUCUGAAGGGAAUUUAACUAUUUAAAAGAUAACACACCACACCUACUUUAUUGGUGCAAAUGGCUCGGGUGCAUUUCUCUCAAUAGUGAGUAAACCGAAUAAUAGAGUAUUCUGGUUACUGCAGUACCUCGCUAGACUUUGGUAAAAAUGUUCCGAAUGAUUUCUGGAGCGCUUGUCAGACGCUGUUCGGGUGUCUCCACGUGUUUAAGGUUCGCUCUGAGGCCCCUCUGCAGUGCUCCCGGCCCAGGAUACUGCCCCACCAUCUUUGCGUUGUCCUCGGGCCACGGGAAAUGUGGGGUGGCAGUGAUCCGAGUCAGUGGCCCGGCCUCGGCCAGUGCUCUCCGCAGCCUCGCUGGGAUGACGCAUUUACUCCCGGCCCCCAGAACCGCUGUGCUGCACAGCCUCCUGGACCCCGGCACGGGGGAGCCACUCGACCGGGGGCUGGUGCUCUGGUUCCCAGGUCCACACAGCUUUACAGGGGAAGACUGUGCUGAGUUCCAUGUGCACGGGGGCCCAGCAGUGAUUAGCGGAGUUUUACAAGCCCUGGGAAGCCUGCCCGGCCUGCGCCCCGCUGAAGCUGGGGAGUUUACUAGACGUGCCUUCCAGGCGGGGAAGCUGGAUCUGACAGAGGUGGAGGGGCUGGGGGACCUGAUCCACGCCGAGACAGAGGCUCAGAGGAGGCAGGCCCUGCGGCAGAUGGCUGGAGACCUGGGGCGAUUGUACCAGGGCUGGAGCCAGGCCCUCACGCGGAAUCUGGCUCACAUGGAAGCUUUCAUUGAUUUCAGUGAAGAUGAGAAUAUUGAAGAGGGCGUUUUAAACCAAGUGGACGUCUCGGUCGAGCAGCUGCGGGAGGAGCUGGAGGCUCACCUGAGGGACGGGCGGCGGGGUGAGCGGUUACGAAACGGAGUUCAGGUGGUCAUCGCCGGGGAGACCAACGCGGGGAAGAGCAGCCUCCUCAAUACCAUCUGCCAGCGGCCGGCAGCUAUCGUGUCUCCGGUUGCCGGGACGACGCGGGACGUUGUGGAGGCGCCGCUGGACAUCGGGGGAUUCCCUGUGCUGCUGAGCGACACGGCCGGACUGAGGGACACUCAGGAUAGUGUGGAGAGAGAGGGGGUGAGGCGGGCCAGAGAGAGGGUGGAGCAGGCGGACCUGACCGUGGCCAUGCUGGAUGUGGCAGAAUUCCCUGAGGACCUCACAAGGUUGCCACAGUUCCUGCCUGAAUACCUGAAGAAGGUCCUAGGUGACAGCCAGAGACCCUGCCUACUGGUCCUCAACAAAACUGACCUGCUGAGCGGGGAACAGCUGGACAGCCUCAGAGGGGUCCUCGCCUGGGCUACAGGGCUGCCCCCUAUCUGCCUGCUGUCCUGCACAACGGGAGACGGACUGGAACACUUCCUUGGGGUCCUUCAAAAGCAAGUGGAGAGCAUGUGUGGGAACCCCCUGGUGGGCGCCCCAAGCCUGACCCAGGCCCGCCACCGCGUUCACCUGGUCAGGUGCGUGGAAGCGCUGGCACAGUACCAGCACUACCGGGAACUGGACCUGGCGCUGGCUGCAGAAGGGCUCCGCCUCGGCCUCACCAGCCUGGGCAGAAUCACCGGCAGGGUGGGUGCAGAGCAGAUCCUGGACCUCGUAUUCAAAGACUUCUGCAUUGGCAAAUAGGAGGAGCUGCUGCCCUGGAGCGCAUGACCAUGGCACGCUUCCACAAGCUGUAAGAGCAUGAGGAUACCAAGCCAGGCACUGGUUAAAGAUGAGGGUUGGUUAUUGUUUACAGUGACUGAUUUAUUGUUGACAGUCCUCAAAGCUGCUGCUCAAAGAUUAUUAUUCUACUUCAUUGUCAACCUUCACCGGUUAUUGUUGACAGUCUCCAACAGUCACACCUUUGACCGGUUUUUCAAUAAAAAACAGAAACCGCUUCAAUUCUGUUUCGCGUUUUGCUCCCUCUGGGCUUUCUCUCCAGUCUUUUUGCUGCUGUACAAAGUACUGAACGAAACAUUCAAGAUCAGGCAUGGAAAUAAGAUUGCUAUUGCAUAGCAUUUGCACCCAUGACAGGUUUUACUACAAGCUGGAUUAGCCACAGCCUGUAUAGGUAACAAGCUCAGGUGUGCCUUAUUAAACUCUGUAGUAAAACCAGGAAUAGAUCAAACUGCUGUGUGAUGGGAGUCUUCAUUUCUAUCCCUGAAAAUGUUGGGAACUAGCAGCGUAAAGCCUAACUCUCCUCGAGGGCAGGAUGCCUGGGUGAGUAAGCAGCCCAGGGUCAGCUCUCUCCACCAGCAGAGGAUGACCUGACUGUCUGGGCUGGAUAGAAUAACACAGAGUUUUAAACAAAGGAUUUCCUGAGGAUGCACGGAGCAGUGCUGGAGAAAGAACUCCAUCACCUGGCGCUCUCUCAGUCACCAGCCAGCACCAGCUUGUCUCAAAUCAUUCUUCCUGACUUUCCCCUUGUCAGACGCAGUCACAGAAUAUAAAGGUUAAGACUGGAAAUCAAAGUAAAAAUGCUGAAUGGCAUCGAAGUUUAACUGAAAAGGUUCUGUUCUUAUAGAGAAUGUUUUUUUUUUUUUGUUUUUGUUUUUUUCAAAAAGCGAAAUUAUAUGAAGUGUCUUGAUAUAUGGUAAACUGCUGUAUGUCAGCCUUACAAGACUGUUUCUUUAACCACUGGACCACAUGGCCUUUUUAAUGCAGCAUAAAAUAUUACAGCACUGUUCUAUAGAGACUUACUCUUAAGCCAGGUCUGUUUGAGUGGUGUAAUAUACACUGGCUCCCACGUAUUGUUGACAGUUCCAUCCUUGCCUGAAUGUAUAGACUCUGUGCCCGUGACUCGAGUGUUGGGAUUUCCGUGUGCUAGCAUGUGAGGGAAGUAUUGUUUUCUCUUAUAAACAGUGCAGUUUGUAUACCUCCCACCCAUCCGUCUGGCUUGGAUGCCUGACAAACUCGCUGCUUUGAAUAAAUAUUGUGUUCUUUUAAGUUUCCGAGUUGUAAACAUGUCAAUGCAUCUUACCUGGCCACCUUGUUGAAAACGACAUUGUUUAGAGUAUAAAAGCAGUGUUUCCCUUUAUCGUGGCGUCAUUCACUUCAAUUUCCUCAGUACAUCGAAUUUCAGCCAGCAAGGAUUGGUACACUGGGGUGGUGUUAUAGCUCUGGAGAGAAGUUUCGCAUCCCCCUCUAGAAUUAACUCACAUUGCUUUAUAAAGGCGAAUGAAACCUGCUGAAUAAUGUUACUCUAAUAUAUUGAAUUACGUUCCUCUUUGUAG